UUUCCUCCUCUGGUGUUACUGACUGAGAGAGCAUUAGUCCAAAAGCCGAGCUUAGAAAAGUGAAAUCCGCAUUGAUGCCUAGUGCCUCGUGAGAAUUUUAAAACUCUCGUCUUUCCUUUGGGAAUUUCAGCCCUUCAUAAUCUGUCCUAGUUAUUUCCAGGACUUUUUUAAUUGCUUGACAAAAGCCUUUUGAGAAGAUAACUGGCAGCUUUUUUUAAAAAAAAAACACUGCAGCUGCACAUUUAUGAAGCUUUGGGCACUCCCGGUCUAUUUUGGACAUAUCUGAAUAAUAAAAAUGAAUAUCACUGUGUUCUGUGUCUUCGUGGCAGGACAGUUGGCGAUUUGUUUUUUCGUGUCAUGCGCAUCAGAUCAGUGCUCCUCAUUGACUGACUGCCAGUCAUGCUUGAAUCAAACCAGUUGUACCUGGCUGAUUUAUUUAAAUGAGUCAAGUCCAUCCUGUAAGAACUACACCACGCCUGAUGGGAAAAAUCAGAAGUGUACAGCUGAAGAUAAAGGAGCAGCUUUGAGUUUACUAGGGAAACGGAAAUCAGUGGAGGUUUUUUUUGUUUGUCUUGCAGCUCCUAACAGCACAGUGACGCAGACUACGACAUCUGUACAGACAGCUCUGACCAAUAUUUCUAGUGCAGUAGGGAAUACGAGUACCUCUACCACUACCACAACUAUGACUACCAGCAGUCCUCUUAACACCUCUGCAGCUCUUCCCAAAACCACAGCUGUCACUUAUGAAGGUUCCAGGUUUGAUGCUGGGAGUUUUGUAGGAGGCAUGACGUUAGCCCUGGGCAUGACCCUUAUUCUGUUUUUGGGCUACAAGUUCUCCUGCUACAGGGGAGAGGUACAGUACCGCACCAUCGAAGAGCACGAUGCCAUAAUUUAAGAAAGACUCACAAAGGAGAAAACGCCGAAGAUCUUUUUGAGCACCUUGCACCAGGCUUUGAAGAAGGACGGUCCUUUUAUGCAGUUACAGAAAGUCUAUUUUUGAUUAGAAUGAGUGAAAUGAGUCUUUUAGUGUUUAUGCACUGUUGUUUAAAUGUGUAUAUACUUGAAAUCCGGUGUAUUUGUUCCAAAAGUGCACUGGUACUGCAGUGUCCAAAUGUGCUAUUUUGUAACUUGUGAUUUCAUUGUAACAUAGCAAUAGCUUUUCAAUGGGGCAGAGUUGGGUUUUGCUUUUUUUUACACACAAAAAAAUAUUUUGUAUAUUAGCCCUAUUUCAAGUAGUUUUUCAUGCUAGGUCUGCCCCUCUCCCUUCAUGAUUACUGUGGUGUUCAGCUCCACAACAAUUUUAAACAUAAUUUCUGUCACGACUUAUACUUUGGUUUUUCACCACAUUCAAUUAAUUAGCAACAUUUUGAAAUCCUGCCUAAAGUGCUAUUACAGUUUUGUAGUGGGAGUCCUGGUCUAUUUUAAAUCUGAGAAAGUGGAUGAUUCAAUAACUCCUCAAAUGCCAGCAUUACAGUAAAAAAAUCUUAUAUGUUUUAUGAGGUAUAAACUCUAUAUUAGAGAUCUGCUGUUUGCUGAAAGGUUUAUGAUGAACAUGAUAUUAAAAAUCCUAUACAAUAAUACAUUCCAUUUACUAUACAGUAUAUAUAUACAGUAUAUAUACUGUAUAUGGCUCUUAGCCUGUCAUUGUAUGGUAGUUUAAUAAGGUAAAAUUGCAUUUCUGUUACAUGUAUAAGUAUUACUCACUUGGGUAUCUAAUGAGUUUUCUAGUUCUCCUUUGAGCGUGAAUAUAAUCUGCUGUUUGUGACACAGGUUAUCAGAAAAUGCAGCAUUUGGAUUUGUAAACCAAAUGCAGACUCGUUUCAAUCAAGUCUGUUAGUGUGAUGUUUAACAAAAGCACAAUGCCCAAUAAACAUCUCCUGCUGUUCCAGAGUUCUUCCCAUCUCUUCCUUUAGUGCGAUUAAAAAUCGUGUUCAUUGAUAGACCUAAUUAAGUUAGACUUUCUUCUGCUGUGGAUAUUUUCAGUCAUAUCUAUGCCCAGUUUUGUUUCAAUGAAGGGCUCUUUAAUGGUUGUUCAGUUUUAUAUUUGGAAAUGCUAUUUUUGGGAACAGUGAGAUAGUGCAGUUAGUUAACCAAAAGAUAAAACAAUAUUGAAGUGUUUAUAAAAAAUAUCAGUUUUUUUUAUAUUGAAUCUUAAAGGAUUGAUUUGAUCUAAUAAUUUACCAAUAAUUACCAUAACAGAACUUUCAGUUAUACAGCAUCAUUGUGCCGUUUAAGGGAUUUCAUUUUCAUGCUUUAUGAAACACCUGGUGCAUUUUAAUGUCCAGUGGAUUUGAGCCUGUUUUUGCACAAGUACUGUGCAACAGUGACGUUUUGUACAGUUAAUAUAUACAAAAUGUGACCUAGGUCUCUAAAACGAAUGUCUGUCAAAGCAUGCAUUUCAUUCUGAGAUUAAAGGGCUGGUGAUGAUUUCUUCUCUACUCAAAAGAGUGAAAUGUAUUUUAUAUUUCUACAGUGGUGAGGGUAAGAAAUCUUAUUUUAAUGUAGAAGAAACCUUGUAUAGAAAAAAGGGAAGUGCAACAUAACUGAAAAUGUUCCAAAUAUAAAUAUAAAGUGUGAACAGAAGUGGAAUGGGUUACCGCAUCUUGGACCGAACAGUUUUGUCACGCUUUUUGUCAGCACAUUCAGAUCUACUGAAAAUUGGGACAAGUGUGAUUUUUGAAUAAGCAGUUUGACAAUCUGUAUAUUGGUGAAAAUAAAUAAAUAUUGGCUUUAAAUAUUGCAAUCAAAUGUUAUCACAUUUUGCCAAUAAAAUGUUUUAAAAGA